AUGGCUUAUUCAAAGAUUGCUCUCUUCCUCAUUUUGAAUAUCAUUUUCUUCACCUUUGUCAGCUCGAAUCCAGUCCCUUACCGCAAACCCACUUGUAAAAAUGCUCUUAAAUUCAAGGUUUGUGCCAAUGUGUUGGAUUUGGUUAAGGUUUCUCUACCACAAAGAUCCAAAUGUUGCGGACUUAUCAAAGGUCUAGUUGAUCUCGAAGCCGCGGUUUGUCUUUGCACCGCCUUAAAAGCUGAUCUCCUUGGCCUCAAACUAAAUGUUCCAAUUUCACUAAGUGUUAUCUUAAACCAGUGUGGUAAGAAGGUUCCAUCUGGUUUCAAAUGUGCCUAA